AUUGCCACUCCACCCCCUGGUGCAGAGCGAAGCUGCAGUGAUAACUCCGAUGUGUGUGGUGGAGUCGCUGCCUGGAACCCCUGCGAUUUUGCCGGGUCGAUCCUCUGCACCCUAGCACACUGCUAACACCAGUGACCCAAUCUAGACCACUGAGCUGAGUCCUGUGAGCCCGCGGGGCACACAGGGAUGGAACCCCGCGGUUGCUUUGCGCUCUGGGUGCUGUUGCUGGCGCAGCUCAGUGAGCAGCAAACACCUGCGUGCGCCCUAGGAGCUGCAGCUGCAGCGACUGAGCGCCUGGGAGACCCUCAUCCUCCCUCUUCCUCCGGGUCGGACUGGCUGGAAACCAGCGAGUAUGACCUGGUGUCUGCCUAUGAGGUAGACCACAGCGGGGAUUAUGUAUCCUAUGACAUCAUGCAUCACCAGCGGCGACGGAGAAGAGCUGUGACCCAGUCAAAAGGAGAUGCCCUUCAUCUACGGCUGAAGGGCCCCAGGCAUGACCUCCACCUAGACCUGAAAGCUGCCAGCAACUUGAUGGCUCCUGGAUUCAUGGUGCAAACUCUGGGGAAGGGAGGCACCAAGUCUGUACAGAUGUUUCCAGCAGAGGAGAACUGCUUUUAUCAAGGGUCCUUAAGGUCCCAGGGGAAUUCUUCUGUGGCCCUUUCUACCUGCCAAGGUUUGUUAGGCAUGAUAAGAACAAAAGACGCUGAUUACUUCUUAAAGCCGCUGCCUCCACAACUAACAAGCAAACUAAACAGGUCUGCACAGGGCGGCUCUCCUUCCCAUAUUCUGUACAAGAGAUCCACAGAGCACCAGGCUCCCAGAGAAAAUGAAGUCCUGAUGAUCACCAGGAAGCGAGAUCUGGCAAGAACGCAUCUGCACCAUGACAACUUUCACCUUGGCCUCUCACGAAAGCAGCAUUUCUGUGGAAGACGCAAGAAAUACAUGCCCCAACCUCCGGAUGAUAACCUCUACAUCUUGCCUGAUGAGUACAAGCCUAGCUCCCGACCCAAGCGCUCGCUCUUGAAAUCCCACAGAAAUGAAGAGUUGAAUGUGGAGACUCUGGUGGUGGUUGACAGAAAAAUGCUGCAAAGCCAUGGCCAUGAAAAUAUUACGACCUAUGUGCUUACCAUUCUCAACAUGGUGUCUGCUUUAUUCAAGGAUGGAACAAUUGGGGGAAACAUCAAUAUUGUCAUUGUGGGACUCAUUCUGCUGGAAGACGAACAGCCAGGGCUGGCGAUUAGUCACCAUGCAGACCGCACGUUAACCAGCUUCUGCCAGUGGCAAUCUGGACUGAUGGGGAAAGAUGGAGCUCGUCAUGACCACGCCAUCUUACUGACUGGUCUGGACAUAUGUUCCUGGAAGAAUGAACCCUGUGACACAUUGGGUUUCGCACCCAUCAGUGGGAUGUGCAGUAAGUACCGCAGCUGCACGGUCAACGAAGACUCAGGCCUUGGACUGGCCUUCACCAUUGCUCAUGAAUCUGGACACAACUUUGGCAUGGUCCAUGAUGGAGAAGGGAAUAUGUGCAAGAAGUCUGAGGGCAACAUAAUGUCCCCAACACUGGCAGGACGCAAUGGCGUCUUCUCCUGGUCCUCCUGCAGUCGUCAGUACCUGCACAAGUUCUUAAGCACCGCCCAAGCAAUAUGCCUUGCUGACCAGCCGAAGCCUGUGAAAGAGUACAAGUACCCGGAAAAGCUGCCAGGACAGUUAUACGAUGCAAAUACACAGUGCAAGUGGCAGUUUGGAGAGAAAGCCAAGCUUUGCAUGCUGGACUUCAGAAAGGACAUCUGUAAGGCCUUGUGGUGCCAUCGGAUUGGAAGGAAAUGUGAGACUAAGUUCAUGCCAGCAGCAGAGGGUACACUGUGUGGGCAGGACAUGUGGUGUCGUGGAGGACAGUGUGUGAAGUACGGUGACGAAGGCCCCAAGCCUACUCACGGCCAUUGGUCAGAUUGGUCCCCUUGGUCCCCCUGUUCCCGGACCUGUGGGGGAGGAGUCUCUCACAGAGACCGUCUCUGUACCAAUCCCAGACCAUCUCAUGGAGGGAAGUUUUGCCAGGGUUCCGCACGCACUCUGAAGCUUUGCAACAGUCAGAAAUGCCCUCUGGACAGUGUGGGCUUCCGUGCUGCCCAGUGUGCUGAGUACAACAGCAAGCGUUUCCGAGGGUGGCUCUACAAGUGGACGCCUUACACCCAAGUGGAAGAUCAGGACUUAUGCAAACUCUACUGUAUCGCAGAAGGAUUUGAUUUCUUCUUUUCUUUGUCAAAUAAAGUCAAAGAUGGGACUCCAUGCUCGGAGGAUAGCCGUAAUGUUUGUAUAGAUGGGAUGUGUGAGAAGGUUGGCUGUGACAAUGUCCUUGGAUCGGAUGCAACUGAGGACUCCUGUGGGGUCUGCCAGGGGAAUAACUCAGACUGCGUCAUGCAUAGAGGACUCUACAGUAAGAAUCACCCCACCAACCAGUACUACCACGUGGUAACCAUUCCCUCUGGAGCUCGGAGCAUUCACAUCUAUGAAACAAACAUCUCUACCUCCUAUAUUUCUGUGCGCAAUUCUGUCAAGAAAUAUUACCUGAAUGGGCACUGGAGUGUGGACUGGCCAGGGCGAUACAAGUUUUCAGGUACCACCUUCAACUACAGACGAUCCUACAAGGAGCCUGAGAGUUUAACCUCCACUGGACCAACCAACGAAACACUGAUUGUGGAGCUUUUGUUCCAAGGCAGGAACCCUGGAGUGGCCUGGGAAUUCUCAGUGCCCAGGUCAGGGUCUAAAAGGACUCCACCUCCCCAGCCCAGCUACUCAUGGGCUAUCCUGCGCUCUGAGUGCUCUGUCUCCUGUGGAGGAGGUAAGAUGAGCUCAAAGGCGGGAUGCUACAGAGACCUGAAGGUUCUGGUCAAUGCAUCCUUCUGCAACCCCAAGACACGACCUGUCCCAGCACUGGUGCCCUGCAAGGUGUCAGCUUGUCCUCCCAGCAAUGGAAGCACAUACAACACUUGGAGCUUAGAGUUACCUCUGUCAAGCACAGGACCUUCUUCAGAAAAUUAUAUUCUCCCAAAGGUAAUGUCUCCAGAGCCCUCCCACCUUUCUGGGCCAGCAGCCCCACAUCAGUGAUAGUUCCUUGACAUCACAGCCCAUAGCUGCUGAGCCAGAUGCUGGUCAGCAGUCACAUGGGAUUUGAUAAACCUUUGGUCACCAAGGUCUCUUGGAUGCCCUCCUAGGAUUUGUCCUACAGUGAACAGGUGGUCCUGGAGUCCAGGGGAUCUGGGGACAAUGCUUUUUAACAGGUCUGGCCUUAUAGCUUGUCUGUGUGCCCAGUGGCUGGUAAAAGACAGCUACUACCUGUGGUCUGAGUGUCUUGUGGGCUGAUCUGAACCAGACAGAAAGAACACAUCUUUCCAUGGACUUGUUGUGGGCCUGCACUUGUCUUCAAGUGCACUCAUGUCGAACCAAGGAUGUUUAAGAAGUUUACCUGACACCCAGAUGAGAAGCAGAAACAGGCCUCCACUGACUACAGAAGGAAAGAAGGCUGCCAUCAGAGGGAAAGAGGGAUAAGAGGUACAAUAGGUGACCAGGGACACUAAAUGAAGCCAGGACAGGUAUCAAUCAGUGAUCUCAGUGAUAGCUAGUGCAGGAAGGAGGCCAGCAUGAGACAAGUUCAGCUGCCACCUGGCCAAGGAGGGCGGGUAUAUGAGAGAGUGGAGGAUGGUGGGGAAAGUGUAGAGGAAGCCACUCAAUGCGGCUCGAACCUCCUGAAGUACACCCAUGCUUGCUGAUCUCAUGAAUACCAGGCUCCUUGUCUCUUGGCAAAUGGCGAGAUCUAUCCUCUGGGAGGUAGAGGGGUGGAGACCUGACCUCUGGCAGCCUUGUUUUGCUCGGGCCGGUGUGCCAGUGGAACUAGUAUCAAGUAUUAUGUCCUUGAACUUGAGUUAAGGCUUUUUAAGAAAAUGUUUAUGGAGCUAGCUAGAGUUCCAAAAGGAAAUAAAAACCUUGUCAUGUGCUGUGCCAAGGUGGCCCUUUCCCUGUAGACAGCUGCCUCUGCACCUGUGUGCCCUAUGGACGGUUGACUUUGCACCUGUGUGCUCUGUGGACAGCUGCUUUCACACCUGUGUGCCCCGUGGACAGUUGCCUUUGCACCUGUGUGCCCUAUGGACAGCUGCUUUCACACCUGUGUGCCCUAUGGGCAGCUGCCUUUGCAUCUGUAUACCCUGUGGACAGCUGCCCUUGCACCUAUAUUCUAGUUAAUACCACUAGCUGACAGGAGGGUCUUAGUUCCUGGCAAUCAUAUGGGACCACUGACAUGUAUUAGUGCCUUGCUGCUUACACAUAACUGGCUCACUUAGAGAGAGUAGUGCUGUUCCUCCUCACUGUGUCUCUGCUGACUCUGUCUUUCUGACAUCCACAGUAAAAGGGAUUCAUAGUCAAAGACACCUCUGCAUUUCCUGUGUCCAGAAUAAUGUGUGUCUCUCACUCUGAUAUCUCUUAAGAAAAUUCUAUUGAGGACCAAUGUCUAAUGAACAAAGAGCCAUCAUCCACUGACCAAAGAGACAGUCUAGAGAUGGGAGUUGGGGUAGAAUCUGUUAUAUCCAACGGCAUAUGGAAGACACUUGAUUGUGGGGUCCCCAGUUUCCUUAUGAUGCCUUCUCAUCUUCCUCCUUGAUAGAGCUCAUACACCUUGGAUUUGUCCCCUCUCUCCCCCUCCCUACCCCCUUCUCUUCAUGUGGUCAUGGCUGGCCUCUACUCCUCUAUUUCUCUCUCUCUCUUCUCUCCUCUCUCUCUCUCUCUUCAUAUACUGACCCUACUACCCCCUCAGCUUCCCUCUCAGUGCCCUGAAUAAACUCUAUUCUAUAUGUAUGGUCAUAUGGCUGGUCCCUCAGAGGGAAGGGAUGUCUCAGCAUGGGCCUGCUAAGGCACCCCCUUUCCCCACACCUCCACAGAACAUAUGCCCCCCCUCUUUAUCCUUUUAUCAACACAACAUUGGUGCCAAAACCCGGGACAUAGCCUCUUUAUCUUUUUAUAACACAUCAUUCAGUGACUUUUCUCCGAAGCCACAAACCACUCACAAUUCCUGUUACUGCUCUUGAUGACUCUCUUUACUGCAGGGUAUAAGAUCUGAUGCUUCAUGCUCAGCUUGCUGAGGGGCCUUUAAGCACAUAGAUUGGGACUUCAAAACUAUUUUAAAUCACUUAUCUGUAACUUGGGUGAUAAACAAGACAGAUUCUAAUGCUAAGGGCAUGGACCUCUGGGUCAGGUCAGCAUCUAGAUCCUCCUGUGUAGGAUCUGGGUUCAUGGUGAACUCACUCAGAUGGGAUUCCCCAGAGUCAUCAGUCUCUGCCUAGAGUAGAGAGUACGAUUCUAGAAUUGGACAGAGUGGGCGUGUGUCUGGCGUAUGUGUCAGACUCCAGCCAGUUUAAGCACCAUGGCUUAGGUAAAAGAUACCAGCUAAGCUUCACGGGCUGGAAUGAGGCAGCUGACAUCACUCUGGACUCUUCUUGUUCAUUGUCUCUGCUCUUGGUCCAAUCAGACAGCCCAAAUCCCUGACCCACAUCCCCUGCUCAUACCUCAUCUUAAUGUAAGUCAGACGCUGUGACACUUGCUUUCAAACAGCAACUAUAAAUCGUGUGAUUUAUUGCCUUCUUGCUUACCAGUGUAUCUAAAUAGAAAACCUCAAGUGUUAUUUUGUGAACUGUAGUUUUCUUAGCACAACUACAAAUAGUACACCUUCCCUCCUGGUAGAUGAACUGAAGGUGGGUGAAAAUAGCUUCCAGGUGGGAUGUUUGGCUACAGUUCUAUUCAAAAGCUUUCUUUUCUCUUGUGAGAAAUAAGUUCUCCCACUUACAGUAUGCUGGACUUUAGGUAUGCCAGCAUAUAGUAGCCUCUAGAUAUUGCAACGGGCUGGAAGGAGGCCUUCCAUAAAAAUAUAGGUAUUACACUGUCCUGCUGGAGGUUCUCAGGCAAAACAAGAGUACUCGAGCAGCCAUCAUCCUGAGGUAGCCUCACACUAAAGGAAAUUCAUUCCCUACUACUGUCACAGGGGGAAAGCAUCUAACACUUCUUUGUUUAGUCAGAGAAAUCAAAUGCUCACACUUCUCUGCAGUCACUAAUUUUUAUCUAGCUGGGCAGUUAAAGCCUAGAGCUUCUGGUUCAGGUAAUAGCGCCCCUACACAGGGGUAUAGCCACCACAGCGAGCAGGACAAUGCUUGCCUGCCCCACUCCCAGUGGAGCAAUGCUGGUUCACAUCAGUACAGUACACCUGAUGGGACUGAGCACAGAGAAGCAGGCUUAGAUGUCACCGAGGGGAGUCAGACAGCAAACAUGGCUCAGCAGAGUUAGCUAGAGCCAGGCAGGUUUGACUUGCAUGCUAACUCACUGACAGAGAGGAUGAAAGAUGUAUGGUAGAUCUUAGACAUAGAUUUUUAGAGAAACAACCAAUUUGUAAAUAGAGAAUAUUUUUAUAGAUAUACAGAUAGAUAUAAGUAGAAAGAUAAUAGACAAAUGACAGGCAGGAAGGUAGAGGAUAAACACAUACAACAUACAUACAUACAUACAUACAUACAUACAUACAUACAUACCUACCUGACACCAAAAGAGGCAACUGUUUUCACAAGAUCCUUGCAUGUAACGUUAGCUGGAAGCUCUAAUCAGAAUCAGGACUUUGGGAAGGAGAACAUUAAACACUGUAGGAUGUCAGUCACAGUUGGUGCCCUUACUUCAGUCUCUGAGCCUGAAGUUAUUAAAGCUAUCUCUACACUCCUAAGCUAAUUGAAGUUUCCAAGUGAAGACUUUUCUCUUUCAAGUAUUCUUAUGAUGCAAUCAGAAGAGUUAAAGUUUUAUCACUGGGGUACUGGGGUGGGAGGUGUCUUUAAAAGCUAUGAAAUGGAAGCUCUUAGUCCCCGUGCUGUGUUCUGCAGAAGAGCUGUUUACUGGAUGGAGCUUCUAGGGUGUUUAUUUAAAUCCUUUAUGCCCCUCAUUUCCGUCCCUGUGUAUCAAAGCAUCAUACUGUGACUGGCCAUUUCUCGACACUUCCUCAUACAUGUACUUCGAAGUGACUUUAAAAUUGCCCUGUGUCGGUGGGACUAUAGUUUCACUGUGAAUUGUCCUCUCAUUAAACAGUAACCGCCCUUUGUUCUAAGAGUGCUUUCUGCCUCCCAGCCUGUUUUAUGCAGGAUGAAUACUAAGAGUCAUCGUCAUGUUUUCUGCCUUUGUUCAGAAUUCUGAACCCCAGUUCUCUUUAUUUUUAAAUACCGUGCACAUUCCUUCACUCAAUUUAGAUUUUAUCAAGUGAAGGGUAUCUUUUAAUAUAUUAAUUUCAUCUUUGUCUGCUCCUGUGACCUGUGGCUACUAGUAAGGUCCCUUUGCAUCUGUGUUGAUUGUAUCCUCCAUCCACUGGGUUGAUUUUUGAUUUGUUUGUUUUGUUUUUGUUUGGUUUUGUACCUCACCUUUCCUGCCACUUCUUAAGACCAAGAUUAUGGUCAGAAUUUUUUCUUUACUUUUUACGAACCUAUUUUUGAGGAUUCCAUAUAUAAAUAUAUAUAUAUAUAUACAUAUAUAUAUUCAUAUCGAUCUGCCAUUUCACCCUUACAGCUCCUCCUGUAUCUUCCUUGAUGAAUUAUUUAAAGAACUCAAGUUACAUUUUGUUAAUUCGUUAAAGCAUUUAAUUAAUGAGCCACUGUGGUUAAAAACCCUGUUAAUUAAGAUGGCAGUCUACCAUGACCAAAUAGCUCAUCUUAGCCCAGUGCAAAAUGGAGGAAUCCCUUUACCAGAAGAGCUCCCCCUUCUCUUGUCUGGGGAGCCCAAAACCCCAUAUCCUCAACCUGGGGAAGCAAGUAGUCUUUAGCUACUCUCAGACUAUGCCUGGCCCUGACUCUGUUUGGGGUACAGAACACUGGAUCUGCUAAUUCUGGGAAACAUUUAAGCCUCAAUUUCACUGCCUUUGAAUUGGGUACAGUAUCUUUACCUAUCACAUACAUUUAUAUACAAAUUAGAAUUCCUACAGAUUAUACACCUCAUUAGCCACUAGCAAUCAUCAAUAUAAUAAACUAGAUGAAUUUUGAUCCUGGAUUUAUCAGAGUCAUUUGCAGGUGUUUGAGGACGUGUACAUGUGUGCACACUACCAAGAGAUCGUUUUCACAUCCUUUAUACAAGCCUUUGGAGUGAAUUUCCACACACCACUCUUCUGGCUGGCAGCUUUUAGAGUCCAAGUUGUUUGGACAGUUGAGCUACAGAUGAGGUCCUCAACCAUGGAUUUUCUUUGUCACAACUUGAUAGAACAACAUCGGGAAUAUAAAACAAUUUCAGGUGUCUGUGCAAAUAAAGUUAGCAGUAUUGAGCAUCAGAUGGUUUGUGAAGAGUGACCAGUGAUUAUAACACAGGCUUGCUAAGGAGCUUACCCAUAUUCUGUAGCUUUUCUCAUUCCCUAGACUUCUGCACAAUUGCUUGAGGAGCAAUAGAUGACGUGACAUGUGAAACAUGAGCUACUUAACAACUUGUAAUGUCUACAUUGAAGCAUUUCAUGAUUGGGAUGUUUCCAAAGAAUGAUACCGAAACUACUAUAACUUAGCUAUUUAGUCAACAUCUUAGUCCCUGUUCUGUGCCUGUGAAGAGACACCAUGACCACAGCAACUCUCACAAAAGAAAUCAUUUAACUGGGGCUGGCUUACAGCCUCAGAGGUUCAGUCCAUUAUCAUCAUGGCAUCCUGCAGGCAGACAUGGUGAUGGAGGAUGAAUUGAGGAUGAAUCAGCAGGUGCAGGAAGAGAGAGCCACUGGGGACACUGGGCCUAACUUGAGCUUUUGAAACCUCAAAGCCUAAUCCCUGACUCUAGUGGCACAUUUCCUCCAACAAGACCAUAGCUCCUACUCAAAAAGUGCUCAAAUAUAUUUGGAUGCCUGAUCGCUUAGUCCCUAGUGGUUUAGCCCUAAUGACUAAGCAUUCAGAUCUAUGAGCUUUUGGUGGCAAUUCUUAAUCAAACUUCCACAGUUAGCUAGAUGUAAACAGGCAGCUGGUUGAGAGCUUUAAAGAUAUGACAGACAGAUCCUGAGAAAUUAUAAAACUCAGGUAUCAGUACCACUGUCACUGGAUGGAAGCCACAGUAACAAUUGCUGAGUCUGUUGAUGAUGAUAAAAGG